AGCCCUAUGGGUGCUGCUUGUCAAGCCUGACGAAGGGACAGUAGACAGUCGUGAGGUUCGCAUCACUGACGUUGACGCUGCGAAAAAAGAUACUUACGACCCCAUGUGGUUGCGUGCGGAGUUCUAGUAGCGUUAGCGGGUUUUGUGUGGGUUUGUGACAUUUUGGAAAGACAGGAAGUUUGUGUGGAAAUGUUGGAGUUUUAUCCCAAUUUGAACUUGAAUCCAGCCAUGCUACCCGAAAGGAGCAGUAUGUCUGGACCAGACUGUAAUGGACGAACAGAUAACGGACUCAUCAAAUGUGAAAAAGCCUGGUGUGAAAACAACAAUCUCCAUAACACGAUCGAUGGCGGCGGUCUGGUGAAGUGCGAAAAAUCGUUGGAGACGUGCGAGGGGUGCGGCGGGAAGAUCCACGACCGGUAUUUGAUGCGCGUCGCCGACGCCAGUUGGCACGAGCAUUGCCUCUGCUGCUCCAUUUGCGGCGUCCUGCUCAGCCAUUCCUGCUACACCAGGAACACCAAGCUCUACUGCAAGGCCGACUACGACAGGAUAUUCGGCGUGAAGUGCUCGCGAUGCGGCGACCGCCUGAUGCCGCACGAGAUGGUGAUGCGCGCGCAGCAGCACGUCUUCCACCUGCCGUGCUUCGUGUGCUGCGCGUGCUGCCAGCCGCUGCAGAAAGGCGAGCAGUUCGUGCUGCGUGCUGGUCAGCUCUUCUGUCGCGGCGACUUCGAAAAGGAGAUGUACCUGAUGCAGCAGAGCGGGUCAGGGGACGAUGACUUGCUCGACGAGAACAGACCCAGAGACGGCAGACGUGGCCCUAAACGCCCUAGAACGAUUCUCACUUCGGCCCAACGAAGACAAUUCAAAGCCUCUUUCGAAGUCAGUCCGAAACCCUGUCGCAAAGUCAGAGAAGCCCUAGCGAAAGAGACCGGCCUCAGUGUUCGAGUGGUGCAGGUUUGGUUCCAAAAUCAGCGAGCGAAAAUGAAGAAGAUCCAGAGAAAAGCCAAACAAGAUGACGGGAAGUCCAACAGUGAUAAAGAAAAAGGUGAUAAGGAUGAUAAAAUUAUUAAGCAAGAAUCGCCAAAUAGCGAGCAUGGACAUUAUAUGGGUUUGGGGAAUUUGGGAGACAACCAUUUUCCGAAUUCUAGUCAACCGCUUAAUCCUAACGUUCCAUAUUCACCUGAUGAUAACUAUCCAGCACAUUCAGGUGAAAGCUUCUGUAGUUCCGAUAUAUCUCUUGACGAUAGUACAAACUUCGACCAACUGGACGAGGCCACAUCUGACACCAUGUCGCUGCAGAACCUCGAACUGCAGCCCCAUGCACAUCACACCGAAGGAGGAACAGCUUCCAGUUCGAUAGCCAAUCCGAUAGAUAAGCUCUACCUCAUGCAGAAUUCGUACUUCAGCACAGAACAAUAAGAGGAGCGGGUGGAUUUCUUUUCAAUUCAGGAACAACCGGUUCCUUAUAUACAGUCUGUCCAAGAUAAGGUUGAACAGCAUGGGGAUCUCGGAAACGGUAGGAGAUACGAAGUCGCUUGAAUGGGGAAAAAGUUGCGCAUUCGGAGGCUCAUAUCCAGAGCCUUCGAAAAUUUUGAAAAUUAUUUUUAGUUUUUGAGUUAUAUCGAAAAAAGUGAAUUUUUGGAAUUUCUAUUUUAUUUUUUUCUCCGUUAUUAUCAGAGAUACAGAAAAACUGAAAAUACUUUUUCAUUGCAACUUUUGAUGAGGUUUAACGUGGUGAUACCGAUUUUUUUAUGCGACGUUUUGUAUUCGUGGAACCAUCAUCAACUUUUGUUUUUUAAAUACGGUCCUGAUAAUUUUUUCACAGAUUCUGAAAGGUUUUUUUAUUCUGAAUUCAACAAUGUACUAUACAAGGUGAUUCGAAUGUGUUUCGACCUAUUUCUAUCCAUCAUCAAUGUUUUUUCGAACUUUCAAAAGAAAAAAAGCCAUCAGUUCCACUUAUUUCUUAUCAUUUAGUGUCAAACUUGAUGGAUUAGUUAUUCAAUACUGAAAAGUGAAUAAAAAAUAUUUCACUACAUCAUUCGAUCAAUGCAGCGUUUAAAAUUG